AUGGAUAGGCUAUGUAUGGCCCAGAAGUAUCGGUGCGAUAGGGAAGAGGUGAACGCCGACCUAAGAAUAAAGGAAAUGUUUUUGUUUGCCGCCGACCAGCAGGACUUCCCCACCAACGAGGUUCAAAUGAAGGCAUUUUGCAACAAAAACACUGCCAAUACAUGUAAGUCCCGGCGCCGGACACAGGACUUUCAACGGGUGGGCGCGUGCGGUAACGCCGCCCGUAAAGGUGCGCGCAAGUGUUGGAACAAUUGGAUUGACACCACGUACUCCAUAACCCGGAUAAGCGAUCAUAAGCUUAAGAUACCGAUGGCAUGUUGUUACGUAUCCCAAAUGGGUCUGUGUUUGACAAAGGCGUAUGAAAAGCAGCCAAAACUAUGUAAACAAAAGUCGAUUGAAUACUUGGACAAUAUGUUUGAUACAUACCUAUCGGACUCAAUGGCGUUAAUGUGCGGCGAUUACGGCAAGGAUAACGAUAUGGUAUGUAUGGGCCAGGAGUACAAAUGCGAUGUGGAGCAGCCAAAAGCCGACCAAUUGAUCAAGGAGAUGUUCAUGUUUGCGGCCGACAAACAAAAAUUUCCCACCAACGAGACCGAGAUGAAACAAUUUUGCGAUGCAAGUAAACAGCGCGAGAAAGACCUGAAACAAUACGGCGAUACGUGUUUGCAAAAUAUGGAGAAAACAGUAUUGAAUUUAUUCGUGUAUUCAGUGGUCAAGCAUUCGGUGGGUGUCUGUAAAUUCAAACGCCGCGGACUCGAGUUUCAACAGAUGGGCAAAUGUGGUAACUCUGACCGUAAGACUAAUAAGAAAUGCUGGAACGACUGGAUGGCCACUUUGCAAGGCAUCGCAAAUACCACCAAUGAUAAACUUAAAAUACCGCUCGCAUGUUGG